GGCCGGGGCCCGGGGGCGGCGCCGCCCGCGCUCCCCCGGGGCGGCUCGGCUGGGCCCGGCCCGGCGCCGCCGGCCGCGGGGGCUUAAAUAGCGGCGCCCGCCGCGCUGCCGCGUCCUUCGGCCGCCGCCAGAACGAAACCAAAAAUCAUCUCAGUGCUUGGUUUUGCGGCAGCAUAGGACAGGAAAGCUCAGUUAAAGAAAGAAACAGAAAGUUCUUUACUGCCUGUGGAAGGAGAAGCAAGAUUUAUAUGCUUUGAGAAGAUCUACUGUGGUUUGCUGCCAUUUAAUUCUAACAACUCAUCUGCUUGUGGAGAUUCUGUUGUAAUGUAUCCUGUGGCUGUUCCUGCACCAGGAGGUGAAGGAAGCAAUGGACAACAUGGGAAACUUAUUUUUUUCCUUUUUGUUUUUGGAGCUGUGUUGCUCUGUGCUGGAUUCCUUCUUUCAGUCUUUAUUCUCCAGUCGUGUCCAUCUGGAAGCCUCAGUGACUGUAACGAGGUCCUUAAGGCAGCUGGGCCAGUGCUGGCUGUAACUGGACUGGUUUGUGUUCUGCUGGCACGAUCAAGGGCCAGGAUGUAUAUAAGACAAAGACAAUUGCAGAAUGAGCAGGUGUACAGCCUUGUUUUCUGUCGUGGGAACUGCCAGUUUGCCCAGUUCCUCAUAUUUGGAUUCCUGUUUUUAACUAGUGGGAUGUUGAUUAGCAUCCUGGGCAUUUGGGUUCCUGGCUGCAGCCCUGGCUGGCGCACGGUGCAGCUCAACCACACUGGCACUCCUGAUGUGGACCUCCAGGGCUGUGGAUUCCUGUCACUUCAGAUCAUGGGACCUUUGAUUGUGCUCACUGGGUUGUGUUUCUUCGUGAUAGCUCAUGUUAAAAAGAAGCAAAACUUAAAUCUCAACCAAGAAUCCUGUGAAAGUGAGGAACAUCCUCAGAGCCCUGAAUCUUUUCAGGUUACAGUAGGUGAUGCUGUGAUGUUAUUCCCACCCCCACCUCCUCCUUAUUUUGCUGACCCCAUGUCACCAGCUGUGACACAUUGUCUUAUGUCAAGUGUUUUGCCUGCCAGUGAAAAUCCUCCACCAUACCACUCUAUCUUCAGUGAUGGAGCACAGCUUGCUGAUGAUGAAAGAACAGUUGCUGUUAGAGACUAUGAAUCCAUAUAUACAAUUUCUGGAAGCAGCUCACCUUCAGAUAUUUUACCAAUGCUAUACCUUUCUUCAGAAUCACCACCAAAAUAUGAAGAAAAAGCAUCAAUAACAAAUAAUGAAUAUUCACCAUCUUCUUCCUCAUCUUUUUCGUCUAUUUCCUUAGCCACAUCCGACACCAGCUCAUAAAGGACUGACAGUUCACUUAAUUUUUAAUUAAAAUGUACACAGAGAUUUGCAAUUUUUGAAUUUAUUUACAUUUUGUAAUAAAAGCAAUAAUGUUGGCUGUGUCUAAUUUUUCAUCAGGAAGAAUAAACAAUGAACUUGGAUGUCAAGAAAUAUUAGAGAA